GCUGCUAGAAAACAAAAUUCGGCUUGUGAUGCAUGCAGAAAUCGUAAAGUACGCUGUCAUCGAACACCAGGAGAGGAAAAGUGUAAUCAUUGCAAGGCAAAAGGGAUCGAAUGUACUACGAUUUAUGUUCAAUUGGCAACGCAAGGAGUCAAGAGACCGGUCAAGCGACAGAGAGGAGAGAUUGUACCCGAAGGUGAUGCAACGCCAACGAUGGGAGAAGAUGUUCCUUUGGUUGUACGAUAUCUGUUAUUGCGGGAUAAUGAAUAUGCAGAUGUUGUAUAUGGAUUAUCUUAUGCUGAAAUACCCGGAAAGCGGAUCCCGCCAACAACUGCAGCAGAAACGAGAUUGAUCAAUGCAACCGCACGUCAAGAAUUCGUUUCUAGUUUAUUGGAAACGUAUUUCAGUACAGUGCAUAUCCGAUACCCCGUCUUGGAUCCACAAGAAUUCCUACAGAGAUUUCAUUAUCAAACGCCAGAAUUGGGAGGAGCGCCUCCUGAUGUCUUGACGGCAGUAUUGUUGGCUUGGGGAGCCAAAUUUAGCACUCAUCCUAUCAUCGUUGCCGAUCGACGUGAAACAGCGCACGACGAACUAACACCCACGCAACGAUUACGUAGAUCUGUGAAUAAUCCUUUGGCCAAUCGAGCAUUAGCAUCUUCACAUGGCGAUUCUUCUUCUUCUCGAUCUGGAACGGGAUCAAGCGGAAAGGGAGAAUUGACGGCACCCGAAUUGCGUGAUGCAAGCAAAGUGAUGGGAAGAAGUCGGAUUGCGGAAGAUUUGAUCGUAAAAGCACAAGAAGUUCUUGAUAGAAAUAAAGCACAUCGGAUUGCAAAUAUGGAUAAUGCCAAGGCUGCUAUUAUCGUUCAAGCAUUGUUCUGGCAACAAGCAUCCCAAACGGAUUCUACCGAUGCUAUCUCACCAUCACAAUUACGACCUGCAAAGCGGAGGGGAGUGUAUAUCUGUAAUGGAUCAUGGAUCAAUUCUUCCAUUUCACACAUGUUUGAAAUGCGCGUUCAUCUUCAAGGUACGAUUGACAAUAUCGCCGAAGAAGGUCAAAGAGGACAAGUGGCGAUGGCUUGGUGGUUGGCAUGCAUGUUUGAUGCGCAUAUGUCGGCAUUCUAUAGACGUAAACCUAUCCUUGCGGCUGAGGACUAUUCGACAAAACCACCUGCUCCACCACGUACGGGACCUGUCACCGGUCCUUCACCCGUAGCGGCGGAAGAAGGAUAUCGAAUUUGGUUAAAUUCAGCUUUGGAUCAAUGUGAGAUGAUGAGAUCGGUCUACUUCACACUUUGGACACCUUGUGCAUACGAAGAAGGAAUUUCAGCCCGUAAGUUGGAGAAAUUGGUCUCUGCUGCGUAUAGGUGGAGAAGUAGCCACUUAGCUCUCGUUGGAGCGCCUGAUCAAGAUUGGCCAAGUCAAUGGAAGUUUGCUGAUGCUGUAACUGCAUGCAGUUCAGAUUUGAAUUAUCAUGUUGUUUGGCUUUUGAUGUGGCAAGCGAUUGAUGAAUAUGGAAUUGCGGAAUUGAAAGCGAACAAUCUUGCUCAAUAUAAUGCCGCUUGUACUCGACAUGGAACUUCUUCUGGGUUACCGGUCACGAUGGCCGAGAUGGAGCUGGAUCAAUCCAAAGUGAAUGGAAUGCGAAAUGCGAUUUAUGAAGAAGCAUUAAAGGCUGCUCUUCGAAGUGCAAAUUUAGCAAAGAUGUUACACGAUUUUGAUUAUUUACAAAACGAGGCGGGAAUUAUGAAAUUCACACUCUGUGAAGCAGGCUAUUGUCUUACCCGGUUCAAACGACCGGAAGUGUAUAUGGUCAUCGAUGGUUUACGUCAAUACGGUCAAGCGUUUGAAGAAUGUUAUGAACAAGCGGAUGAGUUGGAACGUUUGGCGUUGGAGUAUAGU